AUGCUCAAGAAGGCCCUUUCCGGCCUCGACCGCUUGCACAAACCGGGACUUCCUGGCCUCACCGAACCACCGGUGGGAAAGGCGGCGACAGACUCCAAGGAGACCGGGAUCUGGAGCUAUUUGGUGACGGACCUUUCUGGUAUCCGGCCACGGCAGGAGCCGGUGUACAGCACCAGCAAGGAGUCCAGCGCCAAGCGCUACCCAGCUGGCGCAGUCGUUGAAGUCCACGAGAGGCUGAGGUCGGGCUGGACGAAGUGGCUGCGUUUGGCGGAGGGGGGAUGGCUGUUCGACAUUUCGCCCAAGGACAGAAAGGUGCGCAUGGUCGAGGUUGAAGUGCAACACGGCCUCUGGAGAUUUGAGGUUUGUACAAGGGAGCUUGUGCAUCUGGCAGCGCCAAACGUGGCCAAGAAGGCCGCGGCACCCCCGAUGCAAGUGGGCGAAGUCUUCAGCUCAGACCAGAAGGCCGCCCGCGAAGAGCUGUGCUGCCCGCUUCUUGCCCUGGGCUUGCCCGGUGAGGUGCGGCCUCGGAUUGGCCGUGGCGCGAGAGCCUUCGCUGGGAAGGCCCAACACGUUUUGGGUCGUGAUGAAGUCGCCGUGUUUUGUGAAUCCUUCGCUCAGGUGCACCUGAAAGAGCUGUCGAAGUUUGAUGAGCCUGCAACCUAUGUUGGCUCAUCUGUCGUGGUGCACACGCAGCUUUGUCCAGGCUUCGUGGGGAGCUCUUGCCGUUCAGGCUUUUCGGAAGUGGAGCGAGGCAGUCGACACACCACGGAUUCUCAAGAUGGUCAGGACAAGAAGUUUCCGGAGAAGUUCAGCAAGUUUCAAGCUGAUCUGAAGGUCCCACCGCCUCGGGAUGAGAAGUCUGACCUGCAAUCGCCGAAGACUCUGGAGAGGAGUCAGACACAUAAGCUGGGCAGCAGCAAGUCCAACGGCCAGAAGUCUAACUUGCCGGACAUCCAUGGCAAAGAGCCGAGCUCCACAACAGCCAGGGAGGAGUCGCCCGAGCCGGAUGACCUUUCCACAGCCAUCGCAUUGAAGCAUCCCCUCUUCGAGGGCACUUCGCAGGAGUUUCGAACUGAGAUAGCGCUGAACAUGAAGCCCUUCCAGGUCAAGACUGUCGGUCAGCGUGAAGUCAAGACAGAAUAUGCCCGCGAGAUGUUCGAAAGCAGCCUUAUGAGACCCAGGGCUCGGGUCCUGCUGGUCCAGGGCCGUGUGCCGGAGACGCUGCCUGGAAUGCUCCUGACGCACCACAGCGACAGCCAUGUCUUCGAAGUCUUGUACAACAACAUCCCGCUGGGACAUGAUGCAGAGGCCUACGUGCUUCCUUGCACAGCAGGGCAGGAAGUUGCGCUGGGCAUAACUUCGGUCAGUCCGUUCACGGUGCGCUUGCGCUCGGAGCCCAAGAGGGGCUUCCUCUUCGUGUCGGCAGACAUCCUAGAAAUUCUCUUCACCAGGUACUCCGCUGACUUUGGGAAGAUGAAAGACACGGCCUACAAGGCCGCCACGGGCUUCCUAAGGGCCUGGCUCACGAGAUACUAUGCCAAAGCCUAUGUCAAGCUCUUCGUGAACUUGACGGACGAGUUCAGAUAUGCCCUCCUCACUCACGCGAAAAUCCAACUGAUUAAGGCAGAAGCCAAAAUCUGCAAAGAGGGCGACGUGGGAGAUUCAUGCUUCUUUGUCUUUACAGGCGAGGCUGACAUUUACUGCAAGCAUGCCUUUGCUGGCCGCUUGUCGCAACUCCCGGGAACCAAAGCCUGGGAGUCGUGGUGGGGUGCGCUGGAAGUUGGUGGCAGCUGCUUGAAUCGCGUCGCUUCGGUUAUGGCCUACACAGAUUGUGUCAUAUGGGAACUUUCGGCCAAAGCCAUUCGAGACUUGUGGCUACUCUUCCCGUAUGAGUGCAGCUUCUUCGACAAAGUUGCGAUGAAGCACCUGCAGUUGCUUUUCCCCUUCACCGAUCGAGUCAGUGAAAUCAACAUUUUCGAAAAUUGCAGUGCCGAGUUUUGCAGAGUGAUACGUGGCCUCAUGGUGCAGAAGGUGUACUGCCGCGAUGAGGUAGUCAUGCAAGAGGGCGAUGCGGGGGACGAGAUGUAUGUGCUCUGCGUCGGCAAGUGCAGUGUCUUUCGUGGCUACAACUCGGAGCCUUUGAGCCACCUGCAUCCUGGUAGUUGUUUUGGCGGGCUUGCCGUUCUAAACAUCACCAGACGUCGCACGGCAACCAUUAAGGCGGACUGCGUCUGCGACCUCCGGGCUUUGACGCGGCCGGCGCUGCUAGAGGCGCUGGCACAGUACCCGGGAGACAAGGACCGUGUGAGGGAGGUCAUCGAAGCGCACAGCCAGAGCAGGCAAGCCACUGCAUCGGCGCUGCAGCGUGCGGGUGCCAGUGAGGGCAGCUUCAGCAGCCAGUUUCUGCAGAUCCUUCUGGAUAACAUGCACGAGCAGCCCUUCCUACCCAAGCAGACGAUUUUGCAAGAGGGCAAGGAGAGUUUUCUCACCGUCCUGCUUCACGGAAUGGUCGAAGUGGAGGUCCGUGGCGUUCACAUUGCUAACAUCGUGGCGCCGGCCAUCUUCGGCGAGCGCGGGAUCCUGGAGCCCGGGACGCCCUCUGCAGCCACGGUGCGGAGCUGCACCGUGUCGGAGUGCAUGGUCCUCCCGGCCUCCAGCGCCGCGGUGCCCAUCGUCCGGGCUCGGCUCCCCGAGGACAUCGCGCGCUUGGAGAGGAUGCUGGAGAAGAAGAUGGCACUGACAAGGAAUCACCUGGCCAGCCCAGACGACAUGACUGUAGCAGCCGAGCAGCAGGACAAAGGGCUGUUCGGCGCCUGCGGAGCCGAGUUCCUGGCCCGCGUGUCGAACUACUUCGAGCGCCGGGUCUACCUGCCGAACCAGAAUAUUCUGACAGAAGGUGAGGAGCCCCGAUAUGGAGUGAUGAUCCAUCAGGGCACGGCCACCGUGGAGUCUCAGGGCGUCCUCAUCGCCGAGUGUGGCCCGGGAGAGUUCCUCGGUGAGGUGGCUAUCCUGGGCUUGUCGAGCACCUCCAGCGCCACAGUGAAGGCGCACACGAAGAUCGUCGCGUACACUGUGGAGGCGCAGUCCUUCAAAGAGGUGUUGGAUGAGUUCCCGGAAGAGAGAGUGAGGCUGAGGGAAAUCAUGGAGAAACGCAUUGCGAACACCCAGAAGCCGGUCGAAGCCAGAGCGAGUAAGUCCCUGGCCAUGAAAUCCAAGUCGGUGAACAAGUUCCUGAAAGUCGUCAUCUCGCGGCGCACCUCCGUGGAUCAGCGAGCUGAAGCGAUCCCAGUGCCGAAAGUGGAGUUCGACACCACCAUCAGCGAGAAUUCCAAAAGGACCAAGCUCCCCGGACCUUCGGAGGGUCGAGCUUGGGCAGAGCAGCGGAAAGGGGCGCUGACGGAGGCCAAGAAGAUACGCUGGCAGCGGAUGCAGGCGCAUGGCGACAUGGAGAGGCUCCCAGCAACCCAAGGCGUUCGCGUUCCCGAUCGGCAGACCAAGACCGCCUCAGCUUUCCCCGAAAGACAGCUGAAGAAGGCGGCCAACGUCUAUGGGAAGAUGGUCUGGCAAGAGAUCUUCAAUCCGAGAAAGACGACGCUGACGCCGGUGAUGAUCACUGAUGGUAUUGCAUCAUCGCCAACAGAGCUGGAGAAGGAUGCGCGGGAGCUGGAAGAAGCCCUGGAUGCCGCCGCACAUGGUGCUGUUUCUGCAGAGCCUGCCGCCGUGCCGGUCACGGAGGCAUCGCCGACCGAGAAGCAAAGGACGGAGAGGGAUGCACCGGCGCCCAUGCCGCCUCCGAAGGACGCUGAGAAGCGGCCCUCGCGGGCGGUUCGCUUCCGCACAGCGAGUGUGUCGAAGGAGACUGAGACGGUCGCAAUGCCCGUGGCAAGCCCCACAACUUCUGUCCGGAGCAGCCCUGACUUGGAUGACGAGGUUGCCUCCGUCGUGAGCAGCGUGGUGGCCACGGCUCGCUCGGAGGAUCUCGAGGACGAGCUUGCAAGCUUUGGGGUCGAAGGCUAA